CUGCUUCUGUGUCUGCUGCUGCUUCUGAUUCUGCUGCUGCUCCUGAUGCUGGAGCUGAGUGUGGUCACUGCGCCGACUCGUUAGAUUGUCGACAACUUGGAGACUUGUAAGCACUUUUUAGAACAUUAUGUACUAAAAUAACGGUAAAGCUAACUACGUCAGAGAACUGGCCAGAGAUUGAGCAGCCGCCAGAAAGGCUUCUGUUUUGCUGCUGGUGCUUCUGCUGCUGCCACUGCGGCCGCAGUCGCUGCCAUUGCCACCGCCACUGCCACUGCCACUCCCACACUGUGACGUCAUCAGCAUCAUUAUCAUCAUCUUGAACAGCAGUAACAACAACAAUAUUAACAACAGCAAAAUCAUGGGCUACCGAAUGAAACCUCUUACCCUCCUGCUCUCCGGCAUCUGGAGGAAUUGUAAAUUACUCUGCCUUCUAUUCAUAUUUCUGCUUCUAUGCGAAACUGUCCAAGCGAAUCCAGAUGCCAAACGUCUCUAUGACGAUCUCUUAAGCAAUUAUAAUCGUCUUAUACGACCAGUUAGUAAUAAUACCGAUACGGUAUUGGUUAAACUCGGUCUGCGCCUGUCCCAGCUAAUUGAUUUGAAUCUAAAAGAUCAAAUUUUAACGACCAAUGUGUGGCUGGAGCAUGAAUGGCAGGAUCAUAAAUUCAAAUGGGAUCCCUCUGAAUAUGGCGGCGUCACUGAGCUUUAUGUGCCCUCUGAGCAUAUUUGGCUGCCAGAUAUAGUGCUCUACAACAAUGCCGAUGGUGAAUACGUGGUCACCACCAUGACGAAAGCCAUACUCCAUUACACUGGCAAAGUUGUUUGGACGCCGCCGGCAAUUUUUAAAUCGAGUUGCGAAAUUGAUGUACGCUAUUUUCCUUUCGAUCAGCAGACAUGCUUUAUGAAAUUCGGCUCAUGGACCUAUGAUGGUGAUCAGAUCGAUUUGAAACACAUCAGCCAGAAAAAUGACAAGGACAACAAGGUUGAGAUUGGCAUUGAUUUGCGGGAAUAUUAUCCCAGCGUGGAAUGGGAUAUAUUAGGUGUACCAGCCGAGCGACAUGAAAAAUAUUAUCCUUGCUGUGCUGAACCAUAUCCAGAUAUAUUUUUCAAUAUCACACUAAGAAGGAAGACUCUCUUUUACACCGUUAAUUUAAUCAUUCCCUGCGUUGGCAUCUCCUAUCUGUCAGUAUUGGUGUUCUAUCUGCCAGCCGAUUCUGGUGAAAAAAUUGCUCUCUGCAUCAGCAUUCUGCUGUCCCAGACCAUGUUCUUCUUGCUCAUAUCAGAAAUUAUUCCAUCGACAUCUUUGGCAUUGCCGCUGCUGGGAAAAUAUCUUCUCUUUACCAUGUUGCUGGUCGGCUUGAGUGUUGUCAUAACCAUCAUCAUACUCAAUAUACACUACCGCAAGCCAAGUACUCACAAGAUGCGUCCUUGGAUACGAGCGUUCUUUAUAAAGCGACUGCCAAAAUUGCUUCUGAUGCGUGUACCCAAGGAUUUACUGCGUGAUCUGGCAGCCAAUAAGAUCAACUACGGCCUAAAGUUCAGUAAGACCAAAUUCGGACAGGCACUGAUGGAUGAAAUGCAAAUGAAUUCGGGUGGCUCCAGUCCGGACUCGUUACGCCGCAUGCAGGGACGCGUUGGAGUGGGCGGAUGCAAUGGCAUGCAUGUGACUACGGCCACAAACAGAUUCAGUGGCUUGGUUGGUGCUUUGGGUGGAGGACUGAGCACAUUGAGCGGCUACAAUGGCCUGCCAUCGGUGUUAUCCGGUUUGGAUGACUCUUUGAGCGAUGUGGCAGCACGCAAAAAAUAUCCAUUUGAGCUGGAGAAGGCCAUACACAAUGUCAUGUUCAUACAACAUCACAUGCAGCGUCAGGAUGAGUUCAAUGCGGAGGAUCAAGAUUGGGGCUUUGUGGCCAUGGUUAUGGAUCGCUUGUUCCUGUGGCUCUUUAUGAUUGCAUCGCUGGUGGGCACAUUUGUCAUAUUAGGCGAGGCACCAUCUCUGUACGAUGAUACCAAGGCCAUUGAUGUUCAACUAUCCGAUGUUGCCAAGCAAAUUUAUAAUCUAACCGAAAAGAAGAAUUAAAUUCAAUCGAUAAUAACAUAAAACUUACUAAUCACUAAAUCUUAAAGCAAUGUUCAGACAUUAUAUUAAUAAUAACUA